AUGCUUAAUGGAGAAGACUUUGUAGAGCAUAAUGAUAUCUUAUCAUCACCAACAAAAAGCAGGAACGCGACUCCAAAAAGAGUCGAUACCCAUGGGGAAAGACAGCUGAGAAGGAUUCAUUCUUCAAAGAAGAAUUUAUUGGAAAGAAUCUCGCUUGCAGACAACGAAAGUAGAAAUACAUCUCCGGAUCCGGCAUUCAAAUCCAAUACACCAAGUAAAGCUCCUCGUAAACGUGGAAGACCAAGAAAGAUACAGGAGGAAUCAACUGAUAGGAUUGAGGGAAGUGAAGAGGAGACCAGUUCCUCCAAGAAGAAAAGGAAAUUGCGCGAGGAUAGGUCAGAUAAUGUUAAUGAAGAAAGUCAAACUCCUAACAGCAGGCAGGCGAUGGAAGAAACGAAGAGAGAAGGCAAAAAACAAAGCGAAAAAAUUCAGGUAGUUACCACGACAUAUGAAAAUAAUGCAACUUCACCAACUGAUAAUAAUUUUGCAUCAAAUUCGCCCGAGCCACCAGAGCCAGCAACACCAUCAAAGAAGUCUCUCACCACUAAUCAUGAUUUUACCUCACCUCUAAAGCAAAUCAUAAUGAAUAACUUGAAAGAAUAUAAAGAUACAACAUCUCCAGGUAAAUUGACGUUGAGCAGAAAUUUUGCUCCAACUCCUGUACCGAAAAAUAAAAAGCUUUACCAAACUUCGGAAACCAAAUCAGCAAGCUCAUUUUUGGAUACCUUUGAAGGUUACUUUGAUCAAAGAAAAAUUGUCAGAACUAAUGCAAAGUCAAGGCACACUAUGUCAAUGGCACCUGACGUCACUAGGGAAGAGUUUUCCCUGGUAUCAAACUUUUUCAAUGAAAAUUUUCAAAUACGUCCAAGACAAAAGUUAUUUGAAAUUCAGAAAAAAAUGUUUCCCCAGUAUUGGUUUGAAUUGACUCAAGGAUUCUCUUUAUUAUUUUAUGGUGUAGGUUCUAAACGCAAUUUCUUGGAAGAGUUUGCCAUUGACUAUUUGUCUCCGAAAAUUACGUACUCACAACUGGCUUACAACAAUGUAUCACAACAAAGGGAGUCUGUAAAUGCCAUUCCAUGCCUUAUAUUAAAUGGCUACAACCCUAGCUGUAACUACCGUGACGUCUUCAAAGAAAUUUCCGAUCUUCUAGUCCCAGCUGAACUGACAAGAAGCGAAACCAAAUAUUGGGGCAAUCAUGUGAUUCUACAGAUCCAAAAAAUGAUUGAUUUCUACAAGAAUCAACCUUUAGAUAUCAGAUUGAUACUUGUAGUACAUAAUCUGGACGGUCCUAGCAUAAGAAAGAACACUUUUCAGACGAUGCUAAGCUUCCUCUCCGUCAUCAGACAGAUUGCAAUAGUCGCGUCUACAGACCAUAUAUACGCUCCACUACUCUGGGAUAACAUGAAGGCCCAAAACUACAACUUUGUCUUCCAUGAUAUUUCGAAUUUUGAACCAUCAACUGUCGAGUCAACGUUCCAAGAUGUAAUGAAGAUGGGUAAGAGCGAUACCAGCAGCGGCGCUGAAGGUGCCAAGUAUGUCUUACAGUCACUUACCGUCAAUUCCAAGAAAAUGUAUAAGUUGCUUAUCGAGACACAGAUGCAAAAUAUGGGGAAUCUAUCCGCCAGUACGGGUCCAAAACGUGGUACUCAAAGGACUGGAGUGGAGCUCAAACUUUUCAAUCAUCUCUGCGCUGCUGAUUUUAUAGCUUCCAAUGAAAUAGCCCUAAGGUCAAUGCUUAGAGAAUUCAUCGAACAUAAAAUGGCCAACAUAACCAAGAACAAUUCGGGAAUGGAGAUUAUUUGGGUACCAUACACUUAUACAGAACUAGAAAAACUGCUGAAAACCGUCUUAAAUACUCUAUAA